GAGGCGGUGCCGGGAGGAGUCUGCAGCUUUUGGGAGCCGGGGAAGCUGGCUGACCGAGCCGACGCCUGCUGAGACAAGUCAGAAGUCCCAGCAGGGCUAUGCCCUCAGGGCAAGAAGAAGGUAGGAGCUUGGCUGUGGCUUUUGCCUCGCCGGCGGGAAAGCUCAAAUGGGAACAGGGUCGGGAAUUGGAAGGACCCCAGGGAGCGGAAGGCUGUACAGGAAGGAGGGGCCAGCGAGAGGAUUCCGUGUUAUGGGAGCUCAGAUUGCUGAGGGUGGAGUAGGGUUGGGAGUGGGCUGGGGUUAGAAGUGGGAUAGGGUGUGAAGUGGGAUAGGGUGUGAAGGGGGAUGGGGUGUGAAUGGAGUUGAAGCGACUCUGGAGCGACUGGGAUACGGGGCUGGGGAAAACUAUGGCCAGAGGUACUACCCCUGUCCGCUGCCUCUCUCUUGUUUCUCCAGAGUUCAGAGGCUACCGCAGUAGCCCAAGAAUAGUCUUGUACCUGAGCCACUUGGCUGCUUGAACCUAGACCCCACCUGGGAGCUUCAAAAUUGGGACUUCUUGCUGAGAAAGAUGUUUAAGACAAACGUGCCACCAGAUCCCAAGGAGGUGGCAGCCAUUGAGGCUAGAAGAAAUCGAGAAAAAGAACGACAAAGCCGAGUCUUCAAUGUGCGGACCAAAGUCAUGGGGGUGGAUGUAGAAGCCCUGAACAGCCAGGUGGAAGAACGAAAACUUCGGGAGACAACAGAACGGAGCAAGGAGGCAGCUUAUGGUACCACCCAGGUGCAGUAUGAUGUAGUAGCUCAGAUGCUACAGAAAGAAGAAGCAGAACGGAACCGUCGGCUGUCCAAGAAAAUCCAGGAGUUUCGAGAGCAGAAGCAGCAGCUCAAGAAAAAGUGUGAAUUUGACCCCUGGGAUCCAUUCCGACUCUGGAUGAAGUAUCCAGCUCCUCUCCGUGACAAUGAUCCCUACUGUGGUGCAGCCAGCCUGCAGUACUUCCCGGGGGAGAACCGGGACAGGGCCAGAUGCCCGAGAAUGCAGCAGGAGCAGUUCAGGUACAACCUGGAGAGGCAGCUACAAGAGCAACAGCAAGCCAGAGCUAAUGAGACUUGUAUAGAUAUGCUCAGUGACCAGCUGCGCCUAGCCAUGAACAUACGGGCCACCCAGAUGGCCAAGCUGGAGGAGUCCUAUCGCAUGGCCCCGAUGUCUGCCAUGGCUAAUGCCAACAAAGCCCAGGCAGCCGAGAUGGCUGAGCAGCAGCGCCGUGAACGUCAGCGCCAACAGGAGGCCAACCUCAUGGAGAUCCAGAGCCAGGUCUCGAGCAACCUACUGUCGGAGAACCCCCAGGUCGCCCAAAACCCUGUGGCUCCACACAGGGUCCUGCCCUACUACCUGAUGGGCAUGACUCCAGAGCAGCGAGCUGCCAUCAGAAGAGUCCAGGAGGCACAACGCCGUGAAAAGGAGGCACAGCGCCAGGCCGAACAAGCACUGGAUAGCGAAUGGGAAAGCCAGGCUGUGAACUUAGCCCAGGCGGCCAUGGAAUUAGAAGAGCAGGAGAAGGAGCUUUGUGCUGAAUUUCGGAGGGGGCUAGGCUCCUUCAACCAGCAGCUGGCUGAGGAGCAAAAGGCUCAGCAAAAUUAUCUGAAUGCAAUCAUCUACAUCGAUAAGCCUACAGCCCAGUAUUACCUGCAAUACAACACCAGCAGCCGCUGAACUCAGGACGGUCAUCUCUCCCUCCUCCCCCAUCAAGCCCACAGAGGCUGAGUCAGAGGAAAAUGCUGCAGACCCCCUCCACCAAUCCUUCCCCAGUGGGAGAGAGCUGAGCCACUACCCCCACCUUUGACCCUAGGUAAUAAAGUUAUUCACCAAAA